AUGGAUGAGGAUGACGUCUUUUUCCAAAGAGCCACCGAUGCAUUGUUGCAGACAUCUAUGUUGAAAAAAGAAGAUAUGGAUCCAAUCGUAUGGGAAUUGUAUUCAAGGAUCAAACAUAAAGUAAAUAGUGAUAAUUCGGGUAUUUUCAUCGAUGAAUUAUCUAAACCUAAAGAUAUAACGAAAAUUCAGCAUUUGAAUGGCAAUAUAAGGACUAAUGAAAACUUAUUUGUAGAAAAAUCGUACUCCACAGGAAAAGAUCCUCAUUCUAAAGACAAUAACCAUGGCACAACCAUGAACUCUCGUAAAUCUAUACCACGCCAAAAAGUAAAAGAUGAGUUGGAUUUAAAAUUGGAAAAUCUUGAUUUUACAUCCACUGAUAAUAACUUUGCCAUUAAUUCGCGUCUUCACAAUCGAUUGCAAAAGAUAUCUUUUGCAAGAAAUACUGAAACAACAAAUGUUUCUUCGUCACCAACAGUAGCAACGACAGCUGCGACUUUCUCUGCAUUGGCUCCUUCUAGCGUAUCUACAACUUUUACUAAUUAUGGGAUAAGAAAGAAUAGUUUUUCUAUUGCUAGACGAUCUUCAAUUCUUUCGGCGGCAAGUACAGGCGCUUCUACUGAUGAGGAAAAUAAUACGGCACCAGAAGAUAAUAAUAAUCUUGAGCAAAGGAAAUAUAGAUGUAAUGAAUGUUUCUUAACAUUCAAAAGAUCUUCGGAUGUGAGAAGGCAUGAAAGAACUCAUUUAACAGUGGUGCCUCAUAUUUGUAAAGAAUGUGGUAAAGGUUUUGCAAGAAAAGACGCUUUAAAGAGACAUGCUAAUACUUUGACUUGUAAACGGAAUAGAAAUAAACUGUUAAGCCUUAGUGAAGGUCUUAAUGAGUUGUUAAGAAUUGCUAGGCACUCGGCAAAUGGGGAUAUUCAUGGUGAGCGGUUUUAG